AUGUUAACUGCAGAAGAAAUUGAUUUAGCAAAAGAAAUUAUAUUAGUGUUAAGGCCAAUGGAAGUGGCAACAAAAGAGCUGUGUGGCCAGAAAUAUGUAACAUGCAGCAAGGCCAUGCUAGAGAAUCUAAAUAUUAGAUUUGGUAGGAUGGAGGACAUUGGUUUGCUUACUGUGGCCACCAUAUUAGACCCGAGAUUCAAAACAAUUCACUUAAAUAACCCAAACGCUACUGCUAGGGCUAUUAAAUUUAUAAAAAAAAAAUUAGUGAAAUAA